AUGUUAGGAAAACAAUUUUCAUUUCGUCAAAAGCUUCAAAGUUGCUUCUGCUGCUCAUCUCAGUCUGCUCUUCACCUUCAUACACUCCCAGCCAAUCCAAAGCUCAAUAUUUCCACCGACUUAGCUGCUUCCCUACAGGGUCGUAUUUCAUACCCUCGUCUCCUUCAAAUCCAUGGUCAAGUCUUUCAAGUUGGUGCUCAGCAGGACAACCUGAUCGCCACUCGUCUCAUUGGCCAUUACCCAUCUCAUCUCGCUCUCCGAGUCUUUCAUCAGCUCCAAAAACCCAACAUUUUUCCUUUCAAUGCCAUUAUCAGGGUCUUUGCGGAGGAGGGUUUCUUCUCCGAUGCGUUUUUCCUCUUCAAAAGCUUAAAGCAGACGUCGCUUUCCCCUAAUGACUUCACCUUCUCUUUCCUUCUCAAGGCCUGCUUUCGCUCUGAAAAUUCUCGUUAUGUCAAACAAAUUCAUACCCAUGUUACGAAAAUGGGGUUUCUUUGCAACUCAUUUGUCUGUGCCAGCCUACUUGCAGUGUAUGCGAAGGGACUUAAGGAUUUGGGUUCUGCACGUUUGGUGUUUGAUGAAAUGCCUGAGAAGAGUAUCGUAUGCUGUUGGACAUCGUUAAUUGCUGGUUAUGCUCUGUCAGGUCAGAGUGAGCAAGUUUUGCGGCUUUUCUUAAUGAUGGUUGAUGAGAAUUUGCGGCCAGAAGAUGAUACAAUGGUUAGUGUUUUGUCUGCGUGUUCAAAUCUUGACAUAGUUGAUGUUGAGAAAUGGGUUACAAUUCUAUCCGCAGUCGUCAGUAAUGUUGACGCUAAGAAGUUUGGUUGUGACUCUGUCAACACUGCACUUGUUUAUUUGUAUGGGAAGUGGGGAAAGGUUGAGAAGAGUCGGGAUCGAUUUGAUCAAAUUUCUGAUAAUGGAAAGCAAAGUGUGCUUCCUUGGAAUGCAAUGAUAGGUGCAUUUGUUCAGAAUGGUUUUCCUAUGGAGUCUCUCAGUCUUUUCCGCGUAAUGGUGGAAGAUCCCAAGUAUAGGCCUAACCAUGUUACAAUGGUCAGCGUGCUUUCAGCUUGUGCUCAAAUUGGUGAUUUAGACCUCGGCAGGUGGGUUCAUGAAUACUUGAAAUCUAAAGGAAGCAAAGGUGUGAUAGGAUCAAACAGAAUUCUAGCCACUGCAUUGAUCGACAUGUAUUCCAAAUGUGGGAGUUUGGAGAGAGCAAAAGAGGUUUUCGAUCAGAUGGUCUCCAAAGAUAUUGUUUCAUUCAAUGCCAUGAUCAUGGGUCUUGCAGUUAACAGUGAAGGAGAGGAGGCCUUAAGGCUACUCUCUAGAAUCCAAGAGUUUGGUUUACAACCCAAUGCGGGUACGUUCCUUGGCGCUUUAUGUGCAUGCAGCCACUCUGGUUUAUCCGAGGAAGGACGUCAAAUAUUUAACGACAUGGCCUCAAGCUUUUCUGUUUCUCCGAAAUUAGAACAUUAUGCUUGCUACAUUGAUCUCCUUGCAAGAGGAGGCCUAGUUGAAGAGGCUCUGGAGGUUGUAACAUCCAUGCCCUUUGAGCCUAAUAGUUUUGUGUGGGGUGCUCUGCUUGGGGGCUGCCUGCUCCACUCAAGAGUAGACUUGGCUCAAUAUGUUUCCAACAAACUGGUUCGAUCGGACCCUGACAAUUCAGGAGGCUACAUAAUGCUGGCUAAUGCAUUUGCAUCUGAUCUUCGAUGGGGUGACGUCUCCGCGCUGAGGUGGUUUAUGAGGGAGAAGGGGGUCACCAAGCAGCCUGGCUUCAGCUGGAUCAGCGUCGACGGCGUGGUGCAUGAAUUUCUCGUGGGGUGCCCGUCACACCCUCAAAUUGAGAGCAUAUAUAAUACGCUAGUUGGAUUGGUGAAGGAAAUGAAGAUAGCAAGUGUAUAG